AUGCAGAAUUGCUACAAUUGUGGAAAGAGAGGACAUUAUGCCAGAGACUGCUGGUACAAGAAAGCUGAAGGUAAUGUAACAAGUUCUACUCAAAAUAAGAAAUAUGAAGAAGAAGUUUGGGAUUUUGAGACCUCUUAUGCAGUUAAAAAAACUUAUCAACAAGAGGAGAUUGUCACCUGUCACUCUAACAAAAAAGAGGAGAUUCCACUUGCAAGUGUGAGAUAUUCCAAUCACAUGACUGGUGAUGAGAAAAAACUCAUUAACAUGAGUGAAUAUAAAGGUGGUCGAGGUGUGGUGACUGCAAAUAAUUGUGGAACUUCAAAAUGUCUACCAUGUUCCAGUUACAAGCACACCGAUCAUGGAAGGGAGAAUACUACAAUAAAUUUACGUCAUGUCAGCGAGACAACUUAUGUUGAGAAAACAUGGAGUAAAGAAACAGAUGAUCUAUGGCAUACACGUCUUGGGCACGUCUUCCCAAGCUUGAGAUUAGAGGAGACAUUAUUUGUGUUGGAUGUCGUUAUGGAAAGCACAUCAACUUCCCUAUGGAGAAUCGAAUUAUCAAGCAAAGGAGCCAUUGAACUAGUACACUCAGACGUGUUUGGAUCAGUGAAGCAGUCCUCCAUCAGUGGUUACCGUUACAUGGUAACAUUUAUUGAUGACUUCUCAAGAUGGACUAAUGAAGUGUGGAUGAAGGUACAAAAAUGGACAGGGAUAAGUGUUUCUGUUGGAGGUAUACUACAGGUCCCAGAAAACAUCAAGAAGAAGCACUGGAGGAAAUUUCAGAAGGAAAUCGUAGCAUAG